ACCCAGCGACUACAGCUUUUCUGCUCAGCCCACUAUGCUUUCCAAUGCUCCCGGCAUGUUUUCCUUUUGUCAAACAGGACCAGCGGACCUGGCCGGUUCGUCCUGGGAUGCGACAGUUGAAGGGUCACAGAACUUCCCCGAGCUUUCAGAUGCUGCGGACUAUUACACCGGAGAAGCCGAGGAUUUUGUUCUUCCUUUCUGCCAGAACACCCCAAAACCGGACCAGCUGGAUGCCAUGGAUGACUUUCAGACCAGAUGGGCUCCCGCCGUCGCAACCGAGAGCAAGGCUCUGAAGGCGGAGCCUAUGCGGAGAGGAAGCUCGCGCAGCUCGACGGGGAGCAACAAGAACAGGACCAUCAGGGCUUCCGCUGCAUCGGCCAAGAAGACCCGGGCGAGAGUCCAAUCGAUUCUCUCUCAAGCGUCUUCACAGAUGUCCAAGCUUGACAUGUCAAGUAAUGCCCCAUCGGCCUACGGUCAGGGCCGCAUCAUGGAUGUGCAGCAAUACCUUGCUCAAGACCCGGAUGCGCUCUCCGUCUCGCACCAGAUGAAUGGCGCUGCCUUCUACCCUGGACUCAUGGGAUACCAGGAUGGUCUUCCCUACACUGGAACCAUGGACGCUGCUAUGGAGCAGCACGUGAACCCUCAGGUCUUCGAUGCUGGCCUCAUUGCCGCUUCACCUCACUCUUGGGGCUCGCUGAGCCCCGUUGAUUCCAGAUUGUCUUCUCCCGGAUUUCAGGAGGGAGAUGAUGUAUGGUCCGCGGCACCGUCCGCUUCGUCUCCUGCGAGUCAAAACUCGAACUCACCGGCCCUGCCAGGCCAGUCACCCAAGAUGAGCCGGAAACUGGAUGGAUCUCAGUUUGUCACCUCCGAGGACCUGCACGCAAAUCUGGUGCCCGCCAUGGGAGAGGAUGGUUUUGCACUACCCCACCCUGCCUUCAGCUCUCGCCGUCCUAGCGGCGAAGGUGAGUCUGCGAGGGACCACUAUCUCUACAAGAACGCGUUUCCCCAAGCGGACGGCCUGUUCCACUGCCCAUGGGAGGGCCAGGCGAGCUGCAACCACAAGCCCGAGAAGCUCAAGUGCAACUACGACAAGUUUGUGGACUCCCACCUCAAGCCUUACCGCUGCAAGGUCGAGGGUUGCCAGAACGCCCGGUUCUCUUCUACUGCCUGCCUUCUCCGGCAUGAGCGUGAGGCCCACGCCAUGCACGGCCACGGUGAGAAGCCUUACCGGUGCACGUAUGAGGGCUGUGAACGCUCUAUUCCUGGGCAUGGUUUCCCGCGGCAAUGGAACCUGAGGGACCACAUGAGGCGCGUGCACAACGACAACGGCACCGCGGCUCAGCCACCUUCUCCUCCCGCCUCGGGACCCACCACGGCCGUUCGGGGCCGCAAGAGGAAGAGCGAGGCCUCGGAAAAGCAGACCAGCCAGGAGAAGCCCACCUCUCGGAAGUCCUCAAACAAGGUUGCGGCGGAGCCGGCCACCACCGCUCCUAAGCAGCCGGAGAUCGUGGCCCAGCCCGAGAUUGAGCAAUGGUACGAGCACCAGAAGGCCCUCCAAGCCUUGAUCCAGGGAUGCGUCCAGCCGGACGAUCUGCAGAGCCUGCAGUACAUCAAGGAUGCACAGGACCGCUUGACUGCCAUGGGGAGGAUCUCGCAGGGACUCAUCCAGGGUUCCUACCAGCAAUCGUGGAUCGGUUGAAUGACACAUGGUCUUUUGAGCGUCUGAAUACGGUCUCCGUCAGAUGUGAUUCAGAUUUCUGCAAGUGCAGAAAUCGCUCCAUUCCCGCGUCUCCUGCCCGGGAUGCCGCCGGACUAUGUGGAAUUCC